AUGGCUAUCAUAUGGGUUUUUUGCCUUUUCCUGGGCGUGGCUGUCGCCCAGUGGGACGCUCACACCAUGGACAACAGGCAGGUGAUCGUGCACCUGUUUGAGUGGAAAUGGAAGGAUAUCGCCAACGAGUGUGAAAAUUGGCUAGGGCCCCAUGGGUUUGCCGGAGUCCAGGUCUCCCCUCCCAACGAGAACAUCAAACUUGAACCCGAACGCCAUUGGUAUGAGCGGUACCAGCCCAUUGGCUACGGACUGGACACGCGUAGCGGCAACGAAAACGAGUUCAAGGACAUGGUGAACCGAUGCUUCAAGGUCGGCGUCCGCAUCUACGUGGAUGCUGUCAUCAACCACAUGGCAGCUAACACUCCCGAUGGCAGUGGACCGUAUGACUUCUGGAGAGUACCUUACUCGGAGUUGGAUUUCAACUACCCACAAGGUAAAUGCCCAACUCCCAGCGGCAUUGACUACAGCAAUGUGGAUUCCAUCCGCAACUGCGACCUGAAGGGCCUGAAAGAUCUGGAUCUUGGCAAAGACUACGUCCGGGGUAAGAUCGCUGAGUACCUGAACAGGUUGAUCGACAUGGGAGUGGCCGGCUUCCGCUUCGACGCCGCCAAGCACAUGUGGCCGGGUGACCUCCAGCCCAUCUACAACCGGCUAAAGAACCUCAACACCAACUUUGGCUUCCCGAGCAACGCCCGGCCUUUUGUCGUCCAAGAGGUGAUUGACCAGGGUGGGGAGGCCGUGUCCGCAUGGGAGUACCUGAACAUUGGCAGGGUGACGGAGUUCAAUUAUGGCAUCAAGCUCGCCGAGGGCUUCUACAAGAAGAAUCCGCUGAAGUCGUUCCAAAAUUUCGGCGAAGCCUGGGGUUUCAUUCCGGACUACAACUCCCUGGUGUUCGUCGACAACCACGACAACCAGAGGGGUCACGGAGGUGGAGGCGGCAUCAUCACCCACAAGGAUUCCAGGCGGUACAAGAUGGCCAACGCCUUCAUGCUGGCUCACCCUUACGGACUGACUCGCGUCAUGAGUAGCUUCGCUUUCAGUGACCCCAACAGCAGCCCGCCGAAAGACGCGGCUGGCAACAUCAUAUCGCCCAUCUUCUACGCCGACAACACCUGCGGCAACGGCUGGGUCUGCGAGCAUCGCUGGAGGCAAAUCAAGAACAUGGUGGACUUCCGGCGGGUGACGGUUAGCCAGGCCUUCGCCAACUGGUGGGACAACGGUUUUUACCAGAUUGCCUUCGGUCGCGGCAACAAGGGCUUCAUCGUCAUUAACAACGAGGACUUCUCCCUGAGCCAGACCUUGCAGACGGGCCUUCCCUCCGGUACCUACUGCAACAUCAUCUUGGGCGACUUCAACAACGGCAAAUGCACCGGACCCACGGUCUACGUUGACAGCAACGGGUUCGCCAAGUUUGACAUCGCGGGCUCGGGUAACGACGAUCCCGUUGUUGCGAUCCACGUAGGUGCAAAGCAGUAAACUUGAAUACAUUCGCUAGAUUCUGGUGGUAAAGACGCUCUCAAAAAUGAAGACAAUGAAUGAAUACUGACAUUAACAUCGAAGGACAAAUUUAUAAAAUGACAAUGAUCCAGAUUUGAAAAUUAUGUGGCAAUAAAUAUUUACAGUUAUAUCAACUCAUCUCCGCAUCUCUUGACCAAGAUGCCUUGUCUACAACGAGUGGACAUCAAAAACUAUUCCUUUUAUGCUUUUCUGGAUAACUGUUGUUCCUUUUGAUU